AGAAAUAACAUCUGCUUUGCUGCUGAGCUCACAGAAAGAGACCCCAGACCCUUCCCGCAGUCAGAGGGCUGGAACCUGCUCGGAGGCGCUUUGAAGGGUCUGUGACCUGAACCCCUGGGCUUCUGAUUCAGGCCUCCUGUGCUCUGCUCUCUGCCUGCUGGGUUCCCUCACCAGGCUUCUGUCUGUCUGGUUCCCAGGCUACCUGCCUGGAGGGUCACACCAGGAGGAUUUCAAACAGGUUUCAAGUGGGGUCACUUGCUAUUUCACUGUGCCCCACGAGAUGCUGGAGGCCCCGCCUCUGCUGCUGCUGGCCGCUGUGUUCCUGGGCCUGGUGCUGGUGGUGCUGCUGUUGAUUGUGAGGCGCUGGGGCUGGGGCCUGUGCCUUAUCUGCUGGAACGAGUUCGUCCUGCAGCCCAUCCGCAACCUGCUCAUGGGUGACACCAAGGAGCAGCGCAUCCUGCACCACGUGCUGCAACAUGCGGAGCCUGGGAACGCACAGAGCGUGCUGGAGGCCAUCGACACCUACUGCCAGCAGAAGGAGUGGGCCAUGAACGUGGGUGACAAGAAAGGCAAGAUCGUGGAUGCCGUGAUUCAGGAGCACCAGCCCUCCAUGCUGCUGGAGCUGGGGGCCUACUGUGGCUACUCAGCUGUGCGCAUGGCCCGCCUGCUGUCACCGGGUGCGAGGCUGCUCACCAUCGAGAUCAACCCUGACUGCGCCGCCAUCACCCAGCGGAUGGUGGAUUUCGCUGGCGUGCAGGACAAGGUCACCGUUGUGGUUGGGGCGUCGCAGGACAUCAUCCCCCAGCUGAAGAAGAAGUAUGAUGUGGACACGCUGGACAUGGUCUUCCUCGACCACUGGAAGGACCGGUACCUGCCAGACACGCUUCUCCUGGAGGAAUGUGGCCUGCUGAGGAAGGGGACAGUGCUACUGGCUGACAACGUGAUCUGCCCAGGUGCACCAGACUUCCUGGCACACGUGCGCAGGAGCAGCCGCUUUGAGUGCACACACUACCAGUCAUUCCUGGAAUACAGGAAGGUGGUGGACGGCCUGGAGAAGGCCAUCUAUAAGGGCCCAGGCAGCGAAGCACAGCCCUGACUGCCGCCCCCCCGGCCCCGCACUCAGGCUCCCUCACCCAGCCUGGUUCUGAGGGUGCCACAGAUGUGCUCCUGCUGACCUUCUGCGGCUCUGGGUUGUAUCCUAAAUGCAAAGCACACCUCGGCCGAGGCCUGCGCCCUGCCAUGCUGACCUCUCUGAACGGCGGCAUUGGAUUGCUCUCCUUUUUUAAGACUCAAUUGUGACCUCUUUACUAACACCCGCUAGCUAUAUUAUCUUACAUACUAAUACAUGUUUUAAAAAUAUAAAAUAGAAAUUAAGACUCUAGAUAU